CUUUGAAAGCCGUUCAGCUGCGCACCAGUGCGCACUCUCGAAGUAGCUUUUUUCGUGAUGGGAUCUAUUUUCAUAUGGUGAUUUUAGAAAUAAAGAGUGCGCACAGUGCACAGAAAGAGAUGUUUGUGCUGCUGUCAGUGGUGCUGUGCGUUCAGACCGCUGUGAGCUCUCCAAUCUCCACAGCUGCUCAGGCUCAGGGUUUUCUGGAGCGAUAUGGAUACCUGCAAAAGGAGAAUGAAACACAUCAUACAGCUGAAGUCAAGUCGGCCAUCAGAGAGUUUCAGUGGUUGUCUCAGCUACCUGUCACUGGAAGGCUGGACAGUGCCACUCUGGAGAAGAUGACAUCUGCCCGCUGCGGGGUUAAAGAUGUUGGUAGCCAUAGUUCCUGGAGCCAAAGGGUCAACAGUAUCCUCACAGGCCGCUUGGGCAGACAUGGACGGCAUGAGCAGCAUCUCCGUAAGAAGCGCUACACUCAGACAGGAGAGAAAUGGCACAAACGUCACCUCACCUAUCGUAUCUUGAACUGGCCACGGAGUCUUUCUCCCAGUCAAGUGCAUCUGGCGGUGAACACAGCAUUCCAGCUCUGGAGUAAUGUGUCCGGGCUGCUCUUUCAGGAGCUCCAGCAGGGUCCCACCGACAUCCGGCUGGCCUUCUUUGAAGGGGAACAUAAUGAUGGGACGGGAAAUGCAUUUGAUGGGCCAGGUGGCACUCUGGCUCAUGCAUUUUUCCCAUUCCGCGGUGAAGCUCAUUUUGAUAUGUCUGAACGCUGGACCCUGAAUGGUCUUAAAGGACACAACCUGUUCCUUGUGACGGCCCAUGAAAUUGGCCACACUCUGGGUUUGGUUCAUUCACCUGUUCGUCAUGCGCUCAUGUCACCAUACUAUAAGAAGAUGGGUUCUAAAGCGCUGCUCAGCUGGGAUGACAUCAUUGCGAUACAACAACUGUAUGGUAAACCACCUGGGGAUACAGUGAAGCAGCUUGCGGGACAGGCUCUGAGAUGGGCCAUGCCGGAUUGGAAUUUUUCUCAAGAUCAUAAGGGAGGUUCCCUCACACCCCACUACUGCCAGGGUUUCUUUGAUGCCAUCACCAUCGAUGAGAAUGGGACAGUGCUGGUGUUUCAGGGCCAUAAUUUCUGGACGGUAUCUAAUGGCAGUGUGAGCGAUCCUCUUCCGCUUCAGACACGCUGGCCACAGCUGUCAUUGGCUGUUGAAGCAGCCGCCUUCUCCCCACUGGACAGCAAACUCUACUUCUUUAAAGGAAGACGGAUGUGGCGUUACUCAGGCUCUGAUCUGGACCCUGGAUUCCCCAAGAAGAACAGUGAACUGGGCUUACCGAAGCACCCUGACUGCGCCUUCUUCUACCAGCCCCUGGGCCAUAUGGUGCUCUUCAAAGGGUCCCACUACUUUGUCCUGAAUCUUGAAUCUCUUAGCAUAGAGCCGUACUACCCUCGUUCUCUGAGGGACUGGAAGGGUAUUCCACAGGGGAUAAAUGGGGUCUUGACUCGGCCAGAUGGAAAGCUGUAUUUCUUUAAGGAGCAGCAGUACUGGAGGUUUGAUCCUGGGAAGGUGCGCAUUACUGCGACUGGACAGUGGGCAGAGAGGCUGCAAUGGACUGGCUGCCACAGAACUCCAUCAUUACAGGGCAAUGAGCUACUCUGACCAGAAGAGGGAGCUAACAGAUUCACAAUAUUAAGAGGCAUUUGGGAUAUGUGCAAUUCAUGUGUGGCCUAAUGGUUUAAUCUGAGAAAAGGUCUUUCUUGCAGUCUACAAAUGCAAAGAUUUUUUAGUUAGAUAAGAUUUUAAUGUUUUUGAAAGAAGUCUCUUUUGCUCACCAAGGCUGCAUUUAUUUGAUCAAAAAUAUAGUAAAAACAGUAAUGUUGUGAAAUAUUACAGUUUAAUAUAAUGCCUUAUCAUUUAAUAGAUGCCUCAGAAGGCCUGGUCUACAAAGGACUCACUUACAGCACAAUGUCAUCUUUAACCUUCGGUCACACAACAUAAAACUGAUAGUCAUAGUCACACCAAGGCUGAAUUUAUUUGAUUAAACAUAAUCAAAUUCAGUGUCACAUGAUCCUUCAGAAAUUAUUCUAAUAUGCUGAUUUGUUGCUCAAGAAAAAAUUAUUAUUAUCAAUGUUGAAAAUCAAUUUUUUUGUUGUUGUUGUUGUUGUUUGAAACUGAUAACCCACAUUUUUUGGGGUUCAUUUUAGGAGUUCGUAACAGCUUGCCAAAGUGAACUUUAUGGAAAAGUUUGCUCCAGCUGAUGGUAAACAUAUUUGUUCUAGCAUUGGUCCAUGGCGAUACGUAACAGGUAUGUGGCUCUGAGGCUCUGCCUUCUUUGACGUAAAUCUUCUCCAGUUCAUUUAUUCUGUUCAGUUUGUCAAGUUCAGACACGAGUAAAAACAUGAACACACCGCUUUACAGUAGUAAAUGAAGUUGUAAUUCUAAUUGAAAGACACACUGACAGUUUUCCAUGUUGAAUACUGUAAAGCUGCUUGCAAUCUAUUGUAUAAAGUGCUGUAUUAAUAAACGUUACGUUACUUUACUUGAGUGCUGAAUUUCAGAGCUUGUGCAAACAAUGUCCACAUCGCUAUGAUCAGAUGCUUUCUAAAGGGUUAGUUCACCCAAAAAUGAAAAUUAUCCCAUAAUUUACAGGGUGUCUACAGAUAUGAACAAGUUAAAUUUAAGACUUUUUAAGACCAAACCUGCGAUGGAAAUACA